AUGGCAGAUCACAAUUGGAAUGCCGCCAAUCCUGGCAAAGUAGGCGGACAGUCUGAUUCCGGCCUGAGCACACACACGACUUCAAUCCCGAACCCCGCUGGAAUCCAGAGCCAGACCGCCGAGGCGGAAAAGGUUGCCGAUCAAGAUACCAAGGACGAUCCGGAUACCAACGACUAUCCGGAAGCUGAAGCCCCCGCGGAGCCCGCGAACAAAAAGCGCAAGCGGUUGUUGAACCCGUGCACGAGUGGCCAGAAGGGGCGCGUUGGCUGUGACGGGACGAAACCCAGUUGCCUGCGUUGCGCAAAGAAAGGCCUGGUCUGUGUCUAUGUUCCACCGAACAAGCGAGGUCCGGCUAUGGGAUCGAAGCGAGGUCCGGCGAAGGGACCGACUGGGCGGCUGGCUGAGCGCAUACUUGGCAGACUGCACCAGACGAAUCCGGAACUGGAGCAGCUCCUGGUGGCCUCGUUGCGAGAGGAGAUCCACGAGGGAACCAUUGACUACGUCAAGGACAAUCGCAACGAAGCAGAACUCGUUGCCGCGUUUGAAGCUGGCCCGCUGUACGGCCUCUUCAACGGACGGCGGGAAGGCAGUACUACGCCUUAG